GGUAAAGUCAGGGACAGUGAGCAAGAAGUUUAUCAGUGUCGUGGUGGCCGUGGAGGCGUUGGCUGCUCCUUGUCGCUCGCUCGCGUCUCCACUUGUGUCAGUUCGCCGAGAGGAUGUCAGGAAGAGAGGUGUUGUUGAGCUCAGGACACCACAUGCCCCUCCUGGGACUGGGGUGUUGGCAGUCGCCGGCGGACGAGGUGGCAGCGGCCGUAGAGGUCGCCCUGGAGGCCGGGUACCGCCACAUCGACACUGCCUUCCUCUACCUCAACGAAGACUCCGUCGGAGCGGGUCUUCACCGCUACUUGGAGAAGAGCGGCACGCCCCGGGACAAGGUCUUUGUGGUCACUAAGCUGCCGCUGCACGGGAUGUACGCCGGAGGGGUGGAGAAGUUCCUGAAGAAGUCCUUGGAGGCGCUGAAGCUCUCCUACGUUGACCUAUACCUGAUCCACCUGCCUGUGGGGGUCAAGGGCGCGCACGAUAUGGAUACCAUGCCCAAGACUCAAGAUGGAAUGAUAAUUAUUGACUGUUCCACCGACCUCAUCGCUCUGUGGAAGGAGAUGGAGCACAUGGUUGACAAGGGGCUGACCAAGUCUAUCGGAGUGUCUAACUUCUCCGUCAAGCAGAUACGGAAGUUAUGCGCCAUCUCCAGGAUCCAGCCAGCUGUGCAGCAGGUAGAGCUGCACGUCCACUUCCAGCAGCGGGAGAUGCAGGAGUUCUGUCGGGCCCAGAACAUCGUGGUGACCGCCUACGGCCCUCUGGGCUCCCCCGGCAGGCAGGUCGAGAAGGGGAUGGACACGCUGCCACGACUCUUGGACGACCCCGUGGUGAGGCUGGUGGCUGAACGACACGGGGUCUCCACGGCCCAGGUCCUCAUCCGCUUCCUCAUCCAGCAAGGAAUCGUUGCCAUCCCGAAAUCCACCAACCCCCAGCGCAUUAAGGUCAACGGCGAGGUGUGGAGCUUCACGCUGUCGGAGAUGGAGAUGGCCGCCCUGACAUCCUUGGAUAAGGGAGAGUCCGGACGAUCCUUCACCUUCGCUAACUUUCCCGGAAUGUCUGAACAUCCAGAGUUUCCGCUACCACUCUCGUCGUAGUUACUACCUCCCUUACUACCACCGUCGUAGCUAGUUCGUAGUCGUAGUUACCAUCAUCUUUCGUACGACCGUCGUAGCUACCACCACCACUGUUUCCACCACCGUCCAAGCUAACAGCACUGAGCAUACUACCCACCACAGGCACCACUAGUGGGCACUAGGCGUAAUACCCACCACUGGUAUGGUGAUCCUGGUGCCCACUAUGCCAUGACUUGUAUGGUGAUCCUGGUGCCCACUAUGCCAUGACUUGUAUGGUGAUCCUGGUGCCCACUAUGCCAUGACUUGUAUGGUGAUCCUGGUGCCCAUGAACAAUGACCCAUAUUAUUAUUGUACUGUUAAAUAUGACAGUUAAAAUAACAGUUUUAGUCUAAUAUCUGCGUCUUGAAUUAUCAAAGUUGUUAAUAUAACCUUACAAAAGUAGUUAAGCAAUGUUAGAAUAAAAUAUAAAUGAACUGUUAAUAUUUACUUGCUUAAUAUACCUUCUCACGUUAUACCACUGUAUACUUUGGUAAUAUAGUAUAUGUCUGUACUAUUGGAGCCAGUAUUAUUUCCUCGUCAUUUUAUAGCAGGUUCUUACAUUGUCUUAAACUGUUCUUGCAUUGUUCUUGACUUCUUUUGGGAUUUGUGCAAUAUUUUUUUUCCAUUUAUUAAUUACAAUAUAUCUCAGUGUUA